UAUUGCAUGGAGCGCGCAUUGUUAACUACUACCGUGCUGGUGGUAUGUUCGGUCAAGCCUUUCGCUCGCUCUCGGCUGUGCUAGUUGAGCUCUAAACACAUAGAUCAGGCUCGCGCUAUCCUUACAUCAGUGAUGGCGGAGAUCAGUCUGUGUUACGAGAACGUACAUCAAACCUAGUUAGUAACACUCCACCUUCAAAGUGCGCGCUUCCCGCUCCCUACUUAAGAAACGCACACCGACCGGGCCUGUAGUUUCUGAAACCUACCCCCCUUCCUAAACGCUCAGGGUUCUAUACUCACCAUUCCUACCCAACAGGCAGUCGAGCUACGUCCCUAGGAAAGGAACCGCGGAUUUGGGCGGCGCGCCGAGAAAGGAAAGCUGUGCCUGCGCGCUGUUUUAUCAUUGGAUUCCCGAGAAGGACAGCUCACAAGCCAGCGGCGGCGCUCCGUCCCAACAGCCCCAUGAACCGCAGCGACGGGGGAGGAGUGAAUGACCGGAUGGUUCUCCCACCAAAGAAGUUGAGGCAUGAUGAAAGAUGCAUUAAUGACACCCUGUGUCUUGGAAAGAGGCAAUCACGAUUUCAUGUGAAAAGGUGCUGCAUAAGAAGGUGGCAACGUAAGUAGCUGCAUACCUGCUUUAGCACAGUGAAUCUGGCUUGGGGCUGAAGGACAAACAUAAUGACCUCUGAAGUUGUAAAUGUGAAGACUGAAAAGCCUGAUGAAGUACAGGACACUGUGUGGCAUGACAAGACCAAAGAUGAUUCUACUUCUGUAGAUGGCGCAGGAGAAGUACAAGCUGCAGAGACACCAGGAGAUGUACCAGCUGAGAUAUGUGUGGUUAUUGGUGGAGCUAGGAACCAGCAAGUACUAGGAGCAUAUGAAUGUGGAAUAUGUGGGAAGAAAUACAAGUAUUACAACUGUUUUCAGACCCAUGUCAGAGCACACAGAGAGAACUGUUCUCUACAGAUGAACGGAACUGCGAUGGGUGCUAGCAUGGCACCCACUCUGGCAAAUCUCUUUAGGGGAGAAUUCAAAUAUACUGAAUCUGCUUCAGGUGAGGGAAGCUCACAGGGCAAUAACUUUAGGUACACUUGUGACAUUUGUGGCAAAAGGUACAAAUAUUACAGUUGUUUCCAAGAACAUAGAGACUUGCAUGCUGUUGAUGACCCUUAUGACCAGGCUGUUAAAGCAGCUGAAGAAGCAAAGGAAGAGGAGCCCGAGCCUUUGCAAAAAAUUGGACCAAAAACUGGCAGCUACGUUUGUGAGUUUUGUGGCAAGCAGUACAAGUACUACACACCUUAUCAAGAACAUGUUGCACUGCAUGCACCUAUUAAAAGUGCGUUUUGUAGACGGCUUGAAAGUAAAGCACAAAACAAUUUUGAAGAAACUAGUUCUCAGAAUUCAGCAAGUGAACAUCUAGAUGCAGCCAAUGAGGCAGACACAUCACGAACUACUGCUUCAGAGGGAGAAAGGCAUAGUCGAUCAUCAACACCCAGAAGGUUUGUCGUCACGGGUCAACUGGAACGAUUAAUUGGAUCACACAGAAAAGAAAGUUUUGGAAAAGGAACAAUACGAUAUGAUACAGUUGGAUCAACUCCAGAACGAGAAGAGAAGUCUGACUCAGCAGGUGGGACGAAAGAACUACUUGUACGGAAACGAGAAGCUGCAAGCCCACUGAUACUAAGUCCCCUUCCUCAGGUACAAAAACCUUAUACUUGUGGAGCUUGUGGAAUUCAGUUCCAGUUCUAUAACAACCUUUUGGAACACAUGCAGUCCCAUGCAGCUGAUAAUGAGAACAGUGUUGCUCCCAUUCAAUCAAAAUCACCAUCAUCAGUCAUUUCAGAAGAAAACUGGAAACAGCAGUACCAAAGAAACUCCAGCAAUAAUGCAUACAAUAGUCUACCUGAGAAGGAGCGUCAGUAUAUUGCUGGUAAACUACUAAGGGUGAUGUGUGCUGAUCUUGGAUCUUUAAGUGUACUGAAUGGCAAAGAAUUUAUAAAACUAGCUCAAACGCUAGUAGACACUGGAUCUCGUUAUGGUGCAUUUUCUAUUAGUGAUACUCUUGGCAACUUUAACACAUUAGCUCUAAAACAUUUGCCUAGGAUGUACAACCAAGUGAAAGUAAAAGUGACCUGUGCACUUGGUAGCAGUGCUUGUUUUGGUAUAGGUGUUACAUGUCACUCCCAUUCUAUUGGAACAGAUUCAUGUUGUAUCUUAACUGCUCACCAAGUAGAAGGGAAUAAAAUAAGAAGAUAUCUUCUAGGAAUCAAAGACUUGGAUGUGAGAGAAAAUGGGGAAUAUAUUCAUCACUGGGUACAAAAUGUCCUUUCUGAGUUUGUGAUGUCUGAAAUAAAAAUGGUGUAUGUUACAGACACCAGAGUCAGCCCUUCAUCAUUUUCAAAAGCUGGAAUGUGCUUACAGUGUUCGGCUUGUGCACUGAACUCUGUGGUGCAUAAUGUACUGAAUAAGCGAACAUUGCAGGCCCGUAAUAUGCAUGAUGUUAUAGAACUGCUAAAUGUCUGUGAUGAUCUUGCAGCUUCAUCUGGCCUUUCAAAAGAGACUUGUGGUUCCAUGGAGGAAAUGACUCCCCCACCAUGUUGGAAUUCUAUUACAGACUCAUUGCUUCUUGUUCAUGAAAAGUAUGAGCACAUUUGUGAAUUCUACAACAGAGUAAAGAAAAUGAACCACAUUCAGAACUUAAAUAAACAUUUACUCAAUAAUCUGUCUUCUAUUUUAGCUCCAGUUAAGCAAGCUGUAAUAGAACUGAGCAGUGAAAGUAAGCCAACCUUGCAGCUUGUACUUCCUACAUAUGUUAAGCUGGAAAAACUUUUUACUUCAAAAGCAAAUGAUAUUGGCACAGUCAGUAAACUGUGUCAUCUCUUCCUUGAGGCUCUGAAGGAAAAUUUCAAAGUAGAAGUUGCUCAUAAAGUUGCUAUGGUUCUAGAUCCUCAGCAGAAAUUAAGACCAGUACCACCUUAUCAACAUGAAGAAAUCAUCAGUAAAGUAUGUGAACUAAUAGCUGAAAUCAGGGAAUCCAGUGCUGAUGAAGGGGAGUUUGAGCCUACCACUAAAAAAAUCAGAAGUGAAAGCAAAGCUCAGGGAGAUGAUAGGUUUGGAAAAAAUGAAGUAUAUGAGUAUUUACAAGAACCACUCUUCCAAGCAACACCAGAUCUGUUUCAGUACUGGUCUUCUGUUACUCAGAAGCAUACUAAAUUGGCCAAGCUGGCCUUCUGGCUUCUAGCUGUGCCAGCAGUAGGUGCCAGAAGUGAAUAUGUCUCAAUGUGUGAGCAGACACUUUUAAUGAAAAGAAAGAAACAACUCUCCCCAGAAGAGAUGAAUAAACUUAUUUUCUUGAAAUCAAAUAUGCCAUAAAUUGAACUGUCCAGGCUGGUCUUAAUCAGUCUGGAUAAGUAUUGUUCUAAGAUGGUGAGACAAGUUCAAAACACUGUGGUUGUCUUCUACGUUAAAGCCUUUCUUUUAAAAGGCAAAUGAAAGUAAGAGGCAGGUAACAUUUCACAGGUUAUUGUCCAAUACAUUUUUACUGAUAAUGUUGAAGAAAAAAAAAUGAGAUCGCUCAACAGUAACAGAGCUUCAGAACAGCUCAUCUAACUUGAAAUUUCUGUCUUAAUGUGGACCAUUGGACAUGAAAGGUUUUGACUGUAAAAUGUUGAAGCAUAAUGCUAGGACUUAAAGCCACAUAUGUACUGUACAUAAGCUUAUGUAUAGAAGUGGCAGCUGCUGUUAGAAACACAAUCUUUUCUGUCCUGUAGUUUAGACUGUUAAAAUUCAAGUAUUGCAAAAUAGUGUCUCCACUCCUUGCUUUGUUGGAUUAACAAAGUUUUAGCUAGCAGAGUUAUAUUUUAGUUUGUUUUUAGAAAUAAAUUGCUGCAUUAAUGAAUGAAAA